CUCAAAUACAGGUUUAGUGCGUGUUAAGCCCGAAACUUAGGUGGCUAGAAGACCGAAAAACCUGUAUAUUUCUUACAAAGUAGGCAAAAUAACUUCUGGGGACAGACUCUAGUCAUAUUUUACUAUUCACCUUUGGUGGCUUAUCGUUAAUAGGACAAAAUGGGUUGCUGGUUUUCCAAAAAAUCUAAAAGAAAAUCACCCGAAAAAGAACCUACGACGACGGUAGAAGAGAACACGAUCACCAGCAGCAGCAACGCCAACAACAUUGCCCUCAGCAGCAAUGCAACGGAGGAUCCACCUAAACAAUAUAGCUGGGACAAACGUGAAAAGGUAUGGAGGGGAUGCAUGCAUGGCUAGGGAGACUAGCUAGCUAGCUACGUGGUUAUACAUGUCAAAGUCAAGUCUUUUCAAGUCGGGGAUUUUCUCAAGUGCUUGUGAAUCAAUGACCUGCGUUUAUAUACAUAAUUGCUAACUGGCUACCUUGAAAACAGAAUAUAGUCAACAAACUAUGCGCGAUUGCUCCACAAAAAAUGACGUGACUGACCGUGUCAAGCCACUUAACUGGCUAGAUCCUAAUCGUAUCGUAUCGUAGUGACAGAGAUAAAUGGCCUAAAAUACUGUAUCCGAAAUUAUGUGGUUUAUCAAAACAUCACUCUAGCUAUCACAGAAAGGCAUCUAGCUAGCUAGGUAUCUAGUGUUAACAAGGUUAUGGUGAUACACUGGUAUAUUUAGUCCACCUAGCUAGCCUGCUAGCUCGACAGAUAGAGCUCAUUAUCGGCUUAAAGUCAGUCCACGACACGUAACAAGUUUGUUUGGCAGCUAGUUGGUCAUAUAACUGAAUACACUGGAUUUGCAAAUAAACAGUUAGUCAGGCCAGCCAUGAACCAACCAGUAACCCAGCUGGCCGGUAGCCAGACAGAGAGACGAUGUAGCGUAAAGGUAUUUGGGUGUUCUGUUUUAUGGCUAUGCAUUGACUGGGAAAACAACCUGGGCCCGGUUUCCCCAUAGCGAUGGAACAUAGAAGGGUUUUAACGAUACAUCUUUCCUACAACGGCCGAAGAUGUAACCAGCUUUUCAGGGCCGGUGUUAUCGGCGGCCCGCCCUAACUUACCUUCCAUUGACCAUCCUUGAGAUGUUUCUACAACUUGAUUGGAGUGUGAUUCACCUGUGGUAAAUUCAAUUGAUUGGACAUACAGUGAUGGAAAAAAGUAUUUGAUCCCCAACUGAGCUACAUCCCUGCCGGCCAUUCCCUCCCCUACCCUGGACGACGCUGGGUCAAUUGUGCGCCGCCCCAUGGGUCUCCCGGUCGCGGCCCGGCUACGACAGAGCCUGGAUUCGAACCAGGAUCUCUAGUGGCACAGCUAGAACUGCGAUGCAGUGCCUGAGACCACUGCGCCACUCGGGAGGACAGAUCCUCUACUUUAACAGGAGAGGAUGAUGUUGUGUUAUGAUGAGGACACAGAACCUCUAAUUUUUGUCUUUAUACGAAAAUAUAGAAAAAUAAUAAACAGCUAUACGUUACUGUAAAUGUUAAUGUGAAAAAUAUGAGUCACAGCACAAUUCCGUUACCGUGGAAUUUCCCCUCAUAAACAAUGGCUGCAGGCUAUCUAUUUAGCUAGUGGUCCUCUGUAGCUCAAUUGGUAGAGCACGGGGCUUGUAACGCCAGGGUAGUGGGUUUGAUCCCCGGGACCACCCAUACGUAAAAAUGUAUGCACACAUGACUGUAAGUCACUUUGGAUAAAAGUGUCUGCUAAAUGGCAUAUUAUUAUUAUUAUUAUUAUUAUUAUUAUUAUUAUUAUAGAUUAGAUUUGAGCUAGAUUUGACCUAGUCUAGAUUAGAUUGAAUAGUUUACACCAGAUUAUAUCAGUAAUAGCAGCAGCAAUAACUAAAAUGAGUAAUUGUAUGAAUACACUUUUAUAUUUUUGUGUUGUAAUACCACAAUUCUUAGUAUGUAGUUGCCAUAUUUAUGCACUAGUCUAGAACCAAGUUUCUCAACCUUUGGUACCUAAAGUGUUACACCCCCCCCCCUUUGACUUGUCCUCUUGUCCCCCUGCAGGUUGACCCUAAGGACUUCAUGCUAACAGGGCUGAAGGAUGCCACGGUGGGCCGUCUGCCAGGCAAGCUGAACGGACAGCAGUUUGUCAUCCAGGACUGUGAGAACUGCAACAUCUUCGUGUUUGACCACUCCGCCACCAUCACCAUCGACGACUGCACCAACUGCUGCAUCGUUAUGGGGCCAGUGAAGGGCAGUGUGUUCUUCAGGGACUGUAAGGAUAUCAGGUGUGUGGUGGCCUGCCAGCAGUUCAGGACCAGGGACUGUAAGAAGAUGGAGGUGUUCCUGUGUUGCGCCACCCAGCCCAUCAUCGAGGCGUCCACGGGGAUGAAGUUCGGCUGCUUCCAGUACUACUACCCCGAGCUGGCCUUCCACUUCAAGGACGCAGGCCUCAGCAUCUUCAACAACAACUGGAGCAACGUCCAUGACUUCACGCCUGUCUCAGGGGAGACCAACUGGAGCCUGCUGCCGGAGGACACUGUGGUGCUGGACCAUGUCCCAGCCCCUGAUCCGGAGUCAGAGUUUAAAUCAGUCCGUGUCUCAGCUGAGGCAUCCCGCAGCAUCGUGCCCAUGACCAAAGGAGGCAGACGCAAGGACAGUGACGAGUCCUGUCUGUUUCUGUUCUUCGCUGGGGACUACACCACUGCUAACGCCCGGAAACUCAUUGAUGAGGUGAGGUGGAGGUAGAGGGGAGGGGAGGAAGUUAGGACAGGGUCGUUCCACCCCUAAAAGCACAGGGAAGAGCAUUCCCCCCCACCAUCUAAAACUGUUCUGAAAUCAUUUCUGUGAGAAACAGUGUUUUGUUGAAAUAUAAUUUGAUCUCUGAGAAAUUAAGCUAAUUGAUUGCACCCAAAUUAGCCAUUUUAAUUUCUACGAUUCAUAUCAUAUUCAAUAAAUAUAGUACCUAACAUCCGAUUUGGACCAAACGUUUUUCUAACAUGAGGAAUCCAAAGGAAUGGUCAAAAGCCACCCAUGUCACCCUUCAACUAUAUUAAUGAAGUGUCUAAAGAUGUUCGAAUAAGGUCUGUGCGUUCCUCAACUCAGCAGACAACAAAGUCGUUUGAAUAUUCUUUAGUGAAUCAGAGUUAGAAUAUGGACAUCCAAACAUAAGGGGAUACAGUACAUACAGUACAUGGAUACAGUACAUACAGUACAGGGAUACAGUACAUACAGUACAGGGAUACAGUACAUACAGUACAGGGAUACAGUACAGGGAUACAGUACAUACAGUACAGGGAUACAGUACAUACAGUACAGGGAUACAGUACAUACAGUACAGGGAUACAGUACAUACAGUACAGGGAUACAGUACAUACAGUACAGGGAUACAGUACAGGGAUACAGUACAUACAGUACAGGGAUACAGUACAUACAGUACAGGGAUACAGUACAGGGAUACAGUACAUACAGUACAGGGAUACAGUACAGGGAUACAGUACAUACAGUACAGGGAUACAGUACAGGGAUACAGUACAUACAGUACAGGGAUACAGUACAGGGAUACAGUACAUACAGUACAGGGAUACAGUACAUACAGUACAGGGAUAACAAUAAGUACAGGGGAUACAGUACAGGGGAUAAGACAUACAGUACAGGGAUACAGUACAUACAGUACAGGGAUACAGUACAUACAGUACAGGGAUACAGUACAGGGAUACAGUACAUACAGUACAGGGAUACAGUACAUACAGUACAGGGAUACAGUACAGGGAUACAGUACAUACAGUACAGGGAUACAGUACAGGGAUACAGUACAUACAGUACAGGGAUACAGUACAGGGAUACAGUACAUACAGUACAGGGAUACAGUACAGGGAUACAGUACAGGGAUACAGUACAUACAGUACAGGGACACAGUACAUACAGUACAGGGAUACAGUACAGGGAUACAGUACAGGGAUACAGUACAUACAGUACAGGGAUACAGUACAUACAGUACAGGGAUACAGUACAGGGAUACAGUACAUACAGUACAGGGAUACAGUACAUACAGCACAGGGAUACAGUACAGGGAUACAGUACAUACAGUACAGGGAUACAGUACAGGGAUACAGUACAUACAGUACAGUACAUACAGUACAGGGAUACAGUACAGGGAUACAGUACAGGGAUACAGUACAUACAGUACAGGGACACAGUACAUACAGUACAGGGAUACAGUACAUACAGUACAGGGAUACAGUACAGGGAUACAGUACAUACAGUACAGGGAUACAGUACAGGGAUACAGUACAUACAGUACAGGGAUACAGUACAGGGAUACAGUACAUACAGCACAGGGAUACAGUACAGGGAUACAGUACAGGGAUACAGUACAUACAGUACAGGGAUACAGUACAGGGAUACAGUACAUACAGUACAGGGCUACAGUACAGGGAUACAGUACAUACAGUACAGGGAUACAGUACAGGGAUACAGUACAGGGAUACAGUACAUACAGUACAGGGAUACAGUACAUACAGUACAGGGAUGACAGGGAUACAGUACAGGGAUACAGUACAGGGAUACAGUACAUACAGUACAGGGAUACAGUACAUACAGUACAGGCAUACAGUACAGGGAUACAGUACAUACAGUACAGGGAUACAGUACAGGGAUACAAUACAGGGAUACAGUACAGGGAUACAGUACAUACACUACAGUUCAAAAGUUUGGGGUCACUUAGAAAUGUCCUUGUUUUUGAAAGAAAAUCAAAAAAAAAUGUCCAUUACAAUAACAUCAAAUGGAUCAGAAAUACAGUGUAGACAUGUUAAUGUUGUAAAUGGCUAUUGUAGCUGGAAACGGCUGAUUUUUAAUGGAAUAUCUACAGUUGAAGUCGGAAGUUUACAUACACUUAGGUUGGAGUCAUUAAAACUCGUCUUUCAACCACUCCACAAAUAUCUUGUUAACAAACUAUAGUUUUGGCAAGUCGGUUAGGACAUCUACUUUGUGCAUGACACAAGUAAUUUUUCCAACAAUUGUUUACAAACAGAUUAUUUCAUUUAUAAUUCACUGUAUCACAAUUCCAGUGGAUCAGAAGUUUACAUACACUAAGUUGACUGUGCCUUUAAACAGCUUGGAAAAUUCCAGAAAAUGAUGUCAUGGCUUUAGAAGCUUCUGAUAGGCUAAUUGACAUCAUUUGAGUCAAUUGGAGGUGUACCUGUGGAUGUAUUUCAAGGCCUACCUUCAAACUCAGUGCUUCUUUGCUUGACAUCAUGGGGAAAAUCAAAAGAAAUCAGCCAAGACCUCAGAAAAAAUGUGUAGACCUCCACAAGUCUGGUUCAUCCUUGGGAGCAAUUUCCAAACGCCUGAUGGUACCACGUUCAUCUGUACAAACAAUAUUACGCAAGUAUAAACACCAUGGGACCACGCAGCCGUCAUACCACUCAGGAAGGAGAGGCGUUCUGUCUCCUAGAGAUGAACGUACUUUGGUGCGAAAGGUACAAAUCAAUCCCAGAACAACAGCAAAGGACCUUGUGAAGAUGCUGGAGGAAACAGGUACAAAAGUAUCUAUAUCCACAGUAAAACGAGUCCUAUAUCGACAUAACCUGAAAGGCCUCUCAGCAAGGAAGAAGCCACUGCUCCAAAACCGCCAUUAAAAAGCCAGACUGUGGUUUGCAACUGCACAUGGGGACAAAGAUCGUACUUUUUGGAGAAAUUUCUUCUGGUCUGAUGAAACAAAAAUAGAACUGUUUGGCCAUAAUGACCAUCGUUAUGUUUGGAGGAAAAAGGGGGUCGCUUGCAAGCCAAAGAACACCAUCCCAACCGUGAAGCACGGGGGUGGCAGCAUCAUGCUGUGGGGGUGCUUUGCUGCAGGAGGGACUGGUGCACUUCACAAAAUAGAUGGCAUCAUGAGGAAGGAAAAUUAUGUGGAUAUAUUGAAGCAACAUCUCAAGAAAUCAGUCAGGAAGUUAAAGCUUGGUCGCAAAUGGGUCUUCCAAAUGGACAAUGACCCCAAUCAUACUUCCAAAGUUGUGGCAAAAUGGCUUAAGGACAACAAAGUCAAGGUAUUGGAGUGGCCAUCACAAAGCCCUGACCUCAAUCCUAUAGAACAUCUGUGGGCAGAACUGAAAAAGCGUGUGCGAGCAAGGAGGCCUACAAACCUGACUCAGUUACACCAGCUCUGUCAGGAGGAAUGGGCCAAAAUUCAACCCAACUUAUUGUGGAAGGCUACCUGAAAUGUUUGACCCAAGUUAAACAAUUUAAAGGCAAUGCUACCAAAUACUAAUUGAGUGUAUGUAAACGUCUGACCCACUGGGAAUGUGAUGAAAGAAAUAAAAGCUGAAAGAAAUAAUUCUCUGUCUGUAAACAAUUGUUGGAAAAAUGACUUGUGUCAUGCACAAAGUAGAUGUCCUAACCGACUUGCCAAAACUAUAGUUUGUUAACAAGAAAUGUGUGUAGUGGUUGAAAAACGAGUUUUAAUGACUCCAGCCAAAGUGUAUGUAAACUUCCGACUUCAACUGUACAUUAAAGGGAUACAGGACAGGGAUACAGUACAUACAUAACAUUCAACAAUGAGUCACCCGGAGCAGUUCUGGUACUGUUGAAAUAUUAUAAAAUGAAUGUGCACACUUUAGAGAUACCUCGUGGGCACCCCCUAAUAUUAAGGAGGAGUAGGGUUCAUUCACUGUCAGUCACUUUCAGUCUUCAGCUCAAUGGCAAAUAGCAAAGCCGAACGCAGCAUCGAGUUCAGUGUCAACUCAAAGAGUCCGGCAGCAACGCCAGCAGCACAGUGAUGUUCGAUAAGCAAGCCGCAGGGAUGCGACUCUGUGUCUCGGCAGCAUGCCUAAAACACGUGCACAGCUAAUUUACAUGGCCUAGGUGCAUAACUAUCAGAGGUCAGAGAGGGGGCGGAAGGAUGCAGACUCUACCUCUCAAGUUACCAAAAUAACACAUGGACCCACACCCCACGCCAAUCCCACCCCAACACAUGGAACUCUCUGCAACUGGAUCCUGGACUUCCUGACGGGCAGACCACAGGCUGUGAGGAUUGGCAACAACAUCUCCUCCACACUGACUCUUAACUCAGGGGCCCCCCAGGGGUGUGUCCUCAGUCCUCUGCUGUGCUCCCUGUUCGCCCACGACUGCGUGGCUUUGCACGACACCAACUACAUCAAGUUUGCUGAUGACACAACAGUUGUAGUCCUGAUAGCCAACAACGACAAGUCAGCCUAUAGGGAGGAGGUAACUGAACUGGCAUUGUGGUGUCAUGACGACAACCUCUCCCUCAACAUCAACAAAACCAAGGAGUUGAUUGUUGACUUCAGGAAGCAGAGGUGGGAGCAUGCCGCGAUCCACAUCAACGGGACUGCAGUAGAGAGAGUCACGAGUUUUAAGUUCCUCGGUUUCCACAUCACGGAGGACUUGACAUGGACCAACAACACCACCACUCUUGUCAAAAGGGCGCAACAGCGUCUCUACUUCCUAAGGAGCCUGAAGAAAUGUAGCAUGCCGCCCCGGGUCCUCUCCAAAUACUGCCGCUGCACCAUCGAGAGCGUCCUGACCGGUUGCAUCAUCUUUUUUUAAAGGUGUCUGUGGGGGGGCUUUUGACCAUUUCUUUGGAUUCCUCUCAUCAUCAUUAGAAAAAAGUUGUGAAGUGACAUGGAACAAACCCACACUUAGGUCUCAUUUGCUUGUUAGGUUUCAAUCGCUUGCUGCAAUAGUUAUAUUUUUGUCCUUUGGCCACAAUGUGUCAUGGUGUUGACUUCCUUCCUCCUCCACCCAGACAGGCAUUUAGAAAUGCAGAACAAUUCAAGUUGUUACGGUCAUAUGGGGUUUCUGGCCAUGUGAUCAAUGACACUCCUUGAGUGAGCAAUAUUGAACCAGAGAGAUAUUGUUGAAUUAUUAUUAUUAUUAGAGACAACACCAGAACUAUCAGUUUGCUGAUGUACAGUGAGGGGAAAAAAGUAUUUGAUCCCCUACUGAUUUUGUACAUUUGCCCACUUACAAAGACAUGACCAGUCUAUAAUUUUAAUGGUAUGUUUAUUUGAACAGUGAGAGACAGAAUAACAAUAACAAAAAUAAAAAUCCAGAAAAACGCAUGUCAAAAAUGUUAUAAAUUGAUUUGAUUUCUCACUGUCCUGUGAGGUAGUGUUGUUAUGUAGUGUAGGUUAAUGGUCAAUUCCAUUUCAAUUCAGUAUCUUCAGGAAGUAGGCUAAACUGAAAUUCCAAGUUUAGUUCCUUCCUGGACUGACAGAAUUUAAAUGGAAUUUACCACAAGUCAACCCUAGUGUGCAGUCAACAGUAAGAUUAGCUUCCUAUCCAGAUUUGGUUAGUUAAUGAUGGAUUUGUAUUAAUGGUGUCAUUGCUUCCUGUCUGUCUGUAUUAACUCCAGGCCUCUGGGAAAGGGUGUAAUGGUGUCAUUGCUUCCUGUCUGUCUGUAUUAACUCCAGGCCUUGGGGAAAGGGUGUAAUGGUGUCAUUGCUUCCUGUGUCUGUAUUAACUCCAGGCCUCUGGGAAAGGGUGUAAUGGUGUCAUUGCUUCCUGUGUCCGUAUUAACUCCAGGCCUUGGGGAAAGGGUUUAAUGGUGUCAUUGCUUCCUGUGUCUGUAUUAACUCCAGGCCUCUGGGAAAGGGUGUAAUGGUGUCAUUGCUUCCUGUGUCUGUAUUAACUCCAGGCCUUGGGGAAAGGGUGUAAUGGUGUCAUUGCUUCCUGUGUCUGUAUUAACUCCAGGCCUUGGGGAAAGGGUGUAAUGGUGUCAUUGCUUCCUGUGUCUGUAUUAACUCCAGGCCUCUGGGAAAGGGUGUAAUGGUGUCAUUGCUUCCUGUCUGUCUGUAUUAACUCCAGGCCUUGGGGAAAGGGUGUAAUGGUGUCAUUGCUUCCUGUGUCUGUAUUAACUCCAGGCCUCUGGGAAAGGGUGUAAUGGUGUCAUUGCUUCCUGUGUCUGUAUUAACUCCAGGCCUCUGGGAAAGGGUGUAAUGGUGUCAUUGCUUCCUGUGUCUGUAUUAACUCCAGGCCUUGGGGAAAGGGUGUAAUGGUGUCAUUGCUUCCUGUGUCCGUAUUAACUCCAGGCCUCUGGGAAAGGGUGUAAUGGUGUCAUUGCUUCCUGUGUCUGUAUUAACUCCAGGCCUCUGGGAAAGGGGGUAAUGGUGUCAUUGCUUCCUGUGUCUGUAUUAACUCCAGGCCUUGGGGAAAGGGUGUAAUGGUGUCAUUGCUUCCUGUGUCUGUAUUAACUCCAGGCCUCUGGGAAAGGGUGUAAUGGUGUCAUUGCUUCCUGUCUGUCUGUAUUAACUCCAGGCCUUGGGGAAAGGGUGUAAUGGUGUCAUUGCUUCCUGUGUCUGUAUUAACUCCAGGCCUUGGGGAAAGGGUGUAAUGGUGUCAUUGCUUCCUGUGUCUGUAUUAACUCCAGGCCUCUGGGAAAGGGUUUAAUGGUGUCAUUGCUUCCUGUGUCUGUAUUAACUCCAGGCCUCUGGGAAAGGGUGUAAUGGUGUCACUGCUUCCUGUGUCUGUAUUAACUCCAGGCCUCUGGGAAAGGGUGUAAUGGUGUCACUGCUUCCUGUGUCCGUAUUAACUCCAGGCCUUGGGGAAAGGGUGUAAUGGUGUCAUUGCUUCCUGUGUCUGUAUUAACUCCAGGCCUUGGGGAAAGGGUGUAAUGGUGUCAUUGCUUCCUGUGUCUGUAUUAACUCCAGGCCUCUGGGAAAGGGUGUAAUGGUGUCAUUGCUUCCUGUGUCUGUAUUAACUCCAGGCCUUGGGGAAAGGGUUCGUGUUGGUCCAGACGAAGGAAGUGUCCAUGCGCCCCGAGGACAUCACCAGAGUGUUCCAGAACAAUGCAGAGGGACUCCAGGAGUGGAUCACCAAGGGUAAGCACACGUCCCAAAUGCCACCCUAUUCCCUAUACUUACCAGAGCCAGAAAGUAGUGCACUAUAUAGGGAAUAGGGGGUCAUUUGGAACGCAUCCAAUCUUCCUAUUAUAAUCUGGGUUAAUAAUUCAAUAGUAAGGAGGGUGGAACAUCAUCUGGGUUAAUAAUUCAAUAGUAAGGAGGGUGGAACAUCAUCUGGGUUAAUAAUUCAAUAGUAAGGAGGGUGGAACAUCAUCUGGGUUAAUAAUUCAAUAGUAAGGAGGGUGGAACAUCAUCUGGGUUAAUAAUUCAAUAGUAAGGAGGGUGGAACAUCAUCUGGGUUAAUAAUUCAAUAGUAAGGAAGGUGGAACAUCAUCUGGGUUAAUAAUUAAAUAGUAAGGAAGGUGGAACAUCAUCUGGGUUAAUAAUUCAAUAGUAAGGAAGGUGGAACAUCAUCUGGGUUAAUAAUUAAAUAGUAAGGAAGGUGGAACAUCAUCUGGGUUAAUAAUUCAAUAGUAAGGAAGGUGGAACAUCAUCUGGGUUAAUAAUUCAAUAGUUAGGAAGGUGGAACAUCAUCUGGGUUAAUAAUUCAAUAGUAAGGAAGGUGGAACAUCAUCUGGGUUAAUAAUUCAAUAGUAAGGAAGGUGGAACAUCAUCUGGGUUAAUAAUUCAAUAGUAAGGAGGGUGGAACAUCAUCUGGGUUAAUAAUUAAAUAGUAAGGAGGGUGGAACAUCAUCUGGGUUAAUAAUUCAAUAGUUAGGAAGGUGGAACAUCAUCUGGGUUAAUAAUUAAAUAGUAAGGAGGGUGGAACAUCAUCUGGGUUAAUAAUUCAAUAGUUAGGAAGGUGGAACAUCAUCUGGGUUAAUAAUUCAAUAGUUAGGAAGGUGGAACAUCAUCUGGGUGAAUAAUUAAAUAGUAAGGAGGGUGGAACAUCAUCUGGGUUAAUAAUUCAAUAGUAAGGAAGGUGGAACAUCAUCUGGGUUAAUAAUUCAAUAGUAAGGAAGGUGGAACAUCAUCUGGGUUAAUAAUUCAAUAGUAAGGAAGGUGGAACAUCAUCUGGGUUAAUAAUUCAAUAGUAAGGAGGGUGGAACAUCAUCUGGGUUAAUAAUUCAAUAGUAAGGAAGGUGGAACAUCAUCUGGGUUAAUAAUUCAAUAGUAAGGAAGGUGGAACAUCAUCUGGGUUAAUAAUUCAAUAGUUAGGAAGGUGGAACAUCAUCUGGGUUAAUAAUUCAAUAGUAAGGAGGGUGGAACAUCAUCUGGGUUAAUAAUUAAAUAGUAAGGAGGGUGGAACAUCAUCUGGGUUAAUAAUUCAAUAGUUAGGAAGGUGGAACAUCAUCUGGGUUAAUAAUUAAAUAGUAAGGAGGGUGGAACAUCAUCUGGGUUAAUAAUUCAAUAGUUAGGAAGGUGGAACAUCAUCUGGGUUAAUAAUUCAAUAGUUAGGAAGGUGGAACAUCAUCUGGGUUAAUAAUUCAAUAGUAAGGAGGGUGGAACAUCAUCUGGGUAAAUAAUUCAAUAGUAAGGAAGGUGGAACAUCAUCUGGGUUAAUAAUUCAAUAGUAAGGAAGGUGGAACAUCAUCUGGGUUAAUAAUUCAAUAGUAAGGAGGGUGGAACAUCAUCUGGGUAAAUAAUUCAAUAGUAAGGAAGGUGGAACAUCAUCUGGGUUAAUAAUUCAAUAGUAAGGAAGGUGGAACAUCAUCUGGGUUAAUAAUUCAAUAGUAAGGAGGGUGGAACAUCAUCUGGGUUAAUAAUUCAAUAGUAAGGAAGGUGGAACAUCAUCUGGGUUAAUCAUUCAAUAGUAAUGAAGGUGGAACAUCAUCUGGGUUAAUAAUUCAAUAGUAAUGAAGGUGGAACAUCAUCUGGGUUAAUAAUUCAAUAGUAAGGAAGGUGGAACAUCAUCUGGGUUAAUAAUUCAAUAGUAAUGAAGGUGGAACAUCAUCUGGGUUAAUAAUUCAAUAGUAAGGAAGGUGGAACAUCAUCUGGGUUAAUAAUUCAAUAGUAAGGAAGGUGGAACAUCAUCUGGGUUAAUAAUUCAAUAGUAAGGAAGGUGGAACAUCAUCUGGGUUAAUCAUUCAAUAGUAAUGAAGGUGGAACAUCAUCUGGGUUAAUAAUUCAAUAGUAAUGAAGGUGGAACAUCAUCUGGGUUAAUAAUUCAAUAGUAAGGAAGGUGGAACAUCAUCUGGGUUAAUAAUUCAAUAGUAAGGAGGGUGGAACAUCAUCUGGGUUAAUAAUUCAAUAGUUAGGAAGGUGGAACAUCAUCUGGGUUAAUAAUUCAAUAGUUAGGAAGGUGGAACAUCAUCUGGGUUAAUAAUUAAAUAGUAAGGAAGGUGGAACAUCAUCUGGGUUAAUAAUUCAAUAGUAAGGAAGGUGGAACAUCAUCUGGGUGAAUAAUUAAAUAGUAAGGAAGGUGGAACAUCAUCUGGGUUAAUAAUUCAAUAGUAAGGAAGGUGGAACAUCAUCUGGGUGAAUAAUUAAAUAGUAAGGAGGGUGGAGCAUCAUCUGGGUUAAUAAUUAAAUAGUAAGGAGGGUGGAACAUCAUCUGGGUUAAUAAUUCAAUAGUAAGGAGGGUGGAGCAUCAUCUGGGUUAAUAAUUAAAUAGUAAGGAGGGUGGAACAUCAUUUGGGUUAAUAAUUCAAUAGUAAGGAAGGUGGAACAUCAUUUGGGUGAAUAAUUAAAUAGUAAGGAAGGUGGAACAUCAUUUGGGUUAAUAAUUCAAUAGUUAGGAAGGUGGAACAUCAUCUGGGUUAAUAAUUCAAUAGUAAGGAAGGUGGAACAUCAUUUGGGUUAAUAAUUCAAUAGUAAGGAAGGUGGAACAUCAUCUGGGUUAAUAAUUCAAUAGUAAGGAAGGUGGAACAUCAUCUGGGUUAAUAAUUCAAUAGUAAGGAGGGUGGAACAUCAUCUGGGUGAAUAAUUAAAUAGUAAGGAAGGUGGAACAUCAUCUGGGUUAAUAAUUCAAUAGUAAGGAAGGUGGAACAUCAUCUGGGUUAAUAAUUCAAUAGUAAGGAGGGUGGAACAUCAUCUGGGUUAAUAAUUCAAUAGUAAGGAGGGUGGAACAUCAUCUGGGUUAAUAAUUCAAUAGUAAUGAAGGUGGAACAUCAUCUGGGUUAAUAAUUCAAUAGUAAGGAGGGUGGAACAUCAUCUGGGUUAAUAAUUCAAUAGUAAGGAAGGUGGAACAUCAUCUGGGUUAAUAAUUCAAUAGUAAGGAGGGUGGAACAUCAUCUGGGUUAAUAAUUCAAUAGUAAGGAAGGUGGAACAUCAUCUGGGUUAAUAAUUCAAUAGUAAGGAAGGUGGAACAUCAUCUGGGUUAAUAAUUCAAUAGUAAGGAAGGUGGAACAUCAUCUGGGUUAAUAAUUCAAUAGUAAGGAGGGUGGAACAUCAUCUGGGUUAAUAAUUCAAUAGUAAUGAAGGUGGAACAUCAUCUGGGUUAAUAAUUCAAUAGUAAGGAAGGUGGAACAUCAUCUGGGUUAAUAAUUCAAUAGUAAGGAGGGUGGAACAUCAUCUGGGUUAAUCAUUCAAUAGUAAUGAAGGUGGAACAUCAUCUGGGUUAAUAAUUCAAUAGUAAGGAAGGUGGAACAUCAUCUGGGUUAAUAAUUCAAUAGUAAUGAAGGUGGAACAUCAUCUGGGUUAAUAAUUCAAUAGUAAGGAAGGUGGAACAUCAUCUGGGUUAAUAAUUCAAUAGUAAGGAGGGUGGAAACAUCAUCUGGGUUAAUAAUUCAAUAGUAAGGAAGGUGGAACAUCAUCUGGGUUAAUAAUUCAAUAGUAGGAGGGUGGAACAUCAUCUGGGUUAAUAAUUCAAUAGUAAGGAGGGUGGAACAUCAUCUGGGUUAAUAAUUCAAUAGUAAGGAAGGUGGAACAUCAUCUGGGUUAAUAAUUCAAUAGUAAGGAGGGUGGAACAUCAUCUGGGUUAAUAAUUCAAUAGUAAGGAAGGUGGAACAUCAUCUGGGUUAAUAAUUCAAUAGUAAGGAGGUGGAACAUCAUCUGGGUUAAUAAUUCAAUAGUAAGGAAGGUGGAACAUCAUCUGGGUUAAUAAUUCAAUAGUAAGGAGGGUGGAACAUCAUCUGGGUUAAUAAUUCAAUAGUUAGGAAGGUGGAACAUCAUCUGAUCUGGGUUAAUAAUUCAAUAGUAAGGAAGGUGGAACAUCAUCUGGGUUAAUAAUUCAAUAGUAAGGAGGGUGGAACAUCAUCUGGGUUAAUAAUCAAUAGUAAGGAAGGUGGAACAUCAUCUGGGUUAAUAAUUCAAUAGUAAGGAAGGUGGAACAUCAUCUGGGUUAAUAAUUCAAUAGUAAGGAAGGUGGGAACAUCAUCUGGGUUAAUAAUUCAAUAGUAAGGAAGGUGGAACAUCAUCUGGGUUAAUAAUUCAAUAGUAAGGAAGGUGGAACAUCAUCUGGGUUAAUAAUUCAAUAGUAAGGAAGGUGGAACAUCAUCUGGGUUAAUAAUUCAAUAGUAAGGAGGGUGGAACAUCAUCUGGGUAAAUAAUUCAAUAGUAAGGAAGGUGGAACAUCAUCUGGGUUAAUAAUUCAAUAGUAAGGAGGGUGGAACAUCAUCUGGGUUAAUAAUUCAAUAGUAAGGAAGGUGGAACAUCAUCUGGGUUAAUAAUUCAAUAGUAAGGAGGGUGGAACAUCAUCUGGGUUAAUAAUUCAAUAGUAAGGAAGGUGGAACAUCAUCUGGGUUAAUAAUUCAAUAGUAAGGAAGGUGGAACAUCAUCUGGGUUAAUCAUUCAAUAGUAAGGAAGGUGGAACAUCAUCUGGGUUAAUAAUUCAAUAGUUAGGAAGGUGGAACAUCAUCUGGGUUAAUAAUUCAAUAGUAAGGAGGGUGGAACAUCAUCUGGGUUAAUAAUUCAAUAGUAAGGAAGGUGGAACAUCAUCUGGGUUAAUAAUUCAAUAGUAAGGAAGGUGGAACAUCAUCUGGGUUAAUCAUUCAAUAGUAAGGAAGGUGGAACAUCAUCUGGGUUAAUAAUUCAAUAGUAAGGAGGGUGGAACAUCAUCUGGGUUAAUAAUUCAAUAGUAAGGAGGGUGGAACAUCAUCUGGGUGAAUAAUUCAAUAGUAAGGAGGGUGGAACAUCAUCUGGGUGAAUAAUUCAAUAGUAAGGAGGGUGGAACAUCAUCUGGGUGAAUAAUUCAAUAGUAAGGAGGGUGGAACAUCAUCUGGGUUAAUAAUUCAAUAGUAAGGAGGGUGGAGCAUCAUCUGGGUUAAUAAUUCAAUAGUAAUGAAGGUGUAACAUCAGUUUGCUGUUUCUGGUUCUCUGUGAUGUAUGAUGACCUUUGAACCAAGAGAAAGGGGGGGACUAAAAAUCAUCAUAGCUGAAGGAAAGAAUUGUGUUAAUGAAUGAGUUUAUUUAGUGCUUAUAAUGAUUAGGCAAGCAUUUCUGAAAUGCAUCUCUUCUCUUCCACAGGGCCAGUGACAGCUCUGGAGUUGAAUGGGGACGGGGUAGUGGAGGCCUGUAAGGCCAUGUCCAGGGACAUGUUCAGUGGAACCAAGGUAACAGCAUUACCUGACCUCUCCAGACAAAAACAUCUCAAGAUUGAAUCAAUUGUAUUGGAAGUUUUAGUCAGAACUGUGCUAGCUAAUAAAAUAGCACCUGUAUGUGAAGGAACUCUUGUUUUCUGUCCUGUAUGUGAAGGAACUCUUGUUUUCUGUCCUGUUCUCUGCAGGUGUUUGUUUCAGACAACAGAAAUACUUCCUCUCGAGACGUGGACAACUUCUUCAACUUCGCUGACAUGCAGAUGGGCUUGUAAUUGAAUCACUGCAUGAUAAUCAAAAACUACACCACUGAUACACUUUUGUAUGAUUACAUUUUUUAUUGGUAGUAUUAACACUGGAUAUACCAGUAGGUAGCAGAGAGGACAGGUUAAUCAGCAUAGUGAUGGUAGGUAGC